AGUCGCGAUUUCGGAGCGGCUACGUAAGAACCGUAAGUGUCAGUGCGAGAUGCAAGAUAGUUCGCGGCGAGCAAAGUGAAUGAAAAACCAUUUGUGGCCUAAGUGAAAUUUACUCAAAAAACAUUCAAAGGAUUGGCACAGAUGUUGAGACUAAAAGAAAUUGUCAGUGAAAAAUAAGAAAUCGAUUAAUACUGAAAAGGAAACUCGGUUUUGUAACAUUAAACAACAUCAGAAAUAACACGUUGGACAGAUCGCCGGGAAAGUAUUCCAAAAGCCGAUAUUGGUUUCCUGUUAAAAUAUUGUUUUCCAAGAUAUUUUCACAAAUACACUCGACAAAGAGAUAUGUAUCUUUCGGGUUGAUAAACAAAUUCCAACACCAAAACGAUUUUGUCGCGCAAUUGUGAAAGUUCAUUGUGUUAAAUUUUUAAUGGUAUUCAACGCAGAAACAAAGUGAAUAAAGGAAAACAUACAUAGUACAGAAGAAAAAACUGAGGAAAAUAUGGACCCAUAGCCUACUUAUCGCAUAUAACUGGUUAAUAUAUUUGCUGUCGCGUAAAUUCGACUUCUCCGCCGAUACGUUCCUCGCCACCAGGUUUAAAAUAUAUAUAUUCGAAUAAGCGUUGAUCGCGCGCGUAAAUCUGUAUCUGUGUGCGUGAGCCCCUUUAUCCUUUGUACAUAUGUACAAUACUUGUCGUCGUCGUCGUGCAUCGUUGUUGUUGUUCUUGCUGUUAUCCUAUUUAUUCAUCGUCGUCCGCUGGCAUUAAUCUGCGAAUAAAGUAAAUAUAAUAAAUUUGUGUUUUUCGGUGUUGUCUCGUGUAAGUGUCUAUAAUUUGUUUGAGUACGACAAGCGAUCGGUGCGAUUUAAAAAGUUCCAAAUCACCUGUCUGUGUGUGCAAUUUGAAAAUAUCGCUAUCAAAACAACAACGGGAACAAGCAAAUCAAUCAAUCGACGUCACCAAAAACCCAAUAAACUGGAAUUGCCAAGACAACUAAAAUUCUUUGUCUUCAAAGCGUUUUGGAUCCACACAUCUAGGAAUAAUAAAGUUGUAAAACAAAUCCAACUUUUAAAAUCCGUUUUAUUAACACUAUUUGGAAGAAAUGACUGACCUCUCAUUUGUUUUUCGUUAACUAAAUGAAGAAAAUAUCACAAUUUUGACCUGUUAUGACAGAAAAGUAAAAGUGGUUGCACAAAAAUUGUUCAACACAUUUGCCACAUAAAAUUACAAUUUAAAGAUUAAAGUUAAUUCCGACGCAGAAACUUAAAAGCACGCACAAACAAGCCAAAUAAAAGCAAAACCAAAUCCAUUUAAAUACAAUAAAGUUCGACGAAAAGCACUCACAGUCAACAAUAAUAAAUGUUGUGAAUUUAAUCAAACUGGAAUUUAUCUAAAUUUUAUGCAAAAUAGAAAUGUUACAUUUACGCAACACAAACUACAAUAACAACAGCGCCAAGAACAACAACAGUAAUAAAGGCCAUAAAAUGCAUUUGAAAAGUGCAACGGCGGCUAAAGCAACAAUAAUGAAACAUAAGUUAAGCAAAGUUUACGGAUACGGUUGGAUGCAAGUCUUCCUACUACUUACAGUCCUCGUGAUUGGUAAUCAAAGUGCCUGGCAGGAGAAUAUACGACCAAAACUCUACGUUGAAUUAGGUCCCGAAGAUGUACUGAAGUUUGUGGGUAACGAAAGUGUCGUGGAUCACUUUAAGCUCGUCACUAAGGAUGGCAACAGUCUGCUCAUCGGUGCCAGAAAUACGGUUUUUAAUUUAAGCAUACAUGACCUCGUCGAGCAGCAGCGUUUGGUCUGGACGUCGCCGGAGGAUGAUACCAAAAUGUGUCUUGUCAAGGGCAAGGAUGAGGAGGCCUGUCAGAACUACAUUCGCAUUAUGGUGGUGCCAUCGCCGGGACGCCUCUUCGUUUGCGGCACCAACUCGUUCCGCCCCAUGUGCAAUACGUACAUUAUCAGCGAGAGCAACUACACGCUGGAGGCAACAAAGAACGGACAGGCGGUGUGUCCCUACGACCCCCGUCACAACUCCACCUCUGUGCUGGCUGACAACGAACUGUAUUCCGGGACCGUAGCGGAUUUCAGUGGAAGCGAUCCGAUUAUCUACCGAGAACCCCUGCAGACCGAGCAGUACGAUAGCCUAAGUCUCAACGCACCGAACUUCGUAAGCUCAUUUACGCAGGGAGACUUUGUCUAUUUCUUCUUUCGGGAAACCGCUGUGGAGUUCAUCAACUGCGGCAAGGCGAUUUAUUCGCGCGUUGCCCGCGUCUGCAAAUGGGAUAAAGGUGGCCCGCAUCGAUUCCGCAACCGCUGGACAUCCUUCCUUAAGUCCCGACUCAACUGCUCCAUUCCCGGCGAUUAUCCCUUCUACUUUAACGAAAUCCAAUCGGCCAGCAAUCUAGUGGAGGGACAGUAUGGCUCGAUGAGCUCGAAACUGAUCUACGGGGUCUUCAACACGCCGAGCAACUCCAUUCCCGGCUCAGCGGUUUGUGCCUUUGCCCUGCAGGACAUAGCCGAUACGUUUGAGGGCCAGUUCAAGGAACAGAGCGGCAUCAACUCCAACUGGCUCCCAGUAAACAAUGCCAAGGUGCCCGAACCUCGUCCUGGGUCCUGUCACAACGAUUCGAGAGCGCUUCCGGACCCCACAUUGAACUUCAUCAAAACACAUUCGCUAAUGGACGAGAAUGUGCCGGCAUUUUUCAGUCAACCGAUUUUGGUCCGGACGAGCACAAUCUAUCGCUUCACCCAAAUCGCUGUAGAUGCACAGAUCAAAACUCCGGGUGGCAAGACGUAUGACGUUAUUUUUGUAGGCACAGAUCAUGGAAAGAUAAUCAAGUCGGUAAAUGCCGAAUCCGCCGAUUCCGCGGAUAAAGUGACCUCCGUGGUCAUCGAGGAAAUCGAUGUCCUGACCAAAAGUGAGCCCAUACGUAAUCUAGAGAUAGUUAGAACUAUGCAAUACGAUCAACCCAAAGAUGGCAGCUACGACGAUGGCAAACUAAUCAUUGUGACGGACAGCCAGGUGGUAGCCAUCCAAUUGCACCGAUGUCACAAUGACAAAAUCACCAGCUGCAGUGAGUGCGUCGCAUUGCAGGACCCUUACUGCGCCUGGGACAAAAUUGCCGGCAAGUGCCGUUCCCACGGAGCUCCCCGAUGGCUGGAGGAGAACUAUUUCUACCAGAAUGUGGCCACCGGCCAGCACGCGGCCUGCCCCUCAGGCAAAAUCAAUUCCAAGGAUGCCAACGCAGGGGAGCAGAAGGGCUUCCGCAACGACAUGGACUUAUUGGAUUCGCGGCGCCAGAGCAAGGAUCAGGAAAUCAUCGACAAUAUUGAUAAGAACUUUGAAGGUCCCCAAAUCUCUGCAGAUAUUAUCAACGCCCAGUACACGGUGGAAACCCUUGUGAUGGCCGUCUUGGCCGGCUCAAUUUUCUCGCUGCUGGUUGGCUUCUUUACAGGAUACUUUUGUGGUCGCCGAUGUCAUAAGGACGAAGACGAUAAUCUGCCGUAUCCCGACACGGAGUACGAAUAUUUUGAGCAGCGGCAAAAUGUCAAUAGCUUCCCUUCGUCCUGCCGCAUCCAGCAGGAGCCCAAGCUGUUGCCUCAGGUGGAAGAGGUGACGUACGCAGAACCGGUGCUUCUGCCCCAGCCGCCGCCGCCAAACAAGAUGCACUCGCCAAAGAACACGCUGCGCAAGCCGCCCAUGCACCAAAUGCACCAGGGUCCCAACUCGGAGACCCUCUUCCAGUUCCAACCCGAUGGCUACAACACCCAGCAAUCGUAUCGCGGUCGAGACAACUUCGGAACCCUACGUUCCCACCAGGUGAUGGGCGAAAACUACAGGCGCGGAGAUGGAUUUUCCACCACCCGCAGCGUCAAGAAGGCUGUAAACAACACAAACACACGUAACAGAAGUCUUGGUCGCGCAAGAAGACAGCCGCCCCGUCAUGGCAUUGUAACUCAACACCGUUCGAAUAGCCCCCAGCAGCAACAGCAAACACAGCAGCCGCACUCCAGCUCCGGCUCCUCACCCGUAAUGUCCAACAGCAGCAGCAGUCCGGCCCCGCCAUCCAGCAGUCCCAGUCCGCAGGAGAGCCCCAAGAACUGCAGCUAUAUCUACCGUGAUUGAUUGAUAUGCAACACCAAAUCGAUGCCACUCAUCCAGGCCCAGUCCACGCACGCCCUGCCACACCCACACCCGAAUCCGCUUCCGCAACCGCACCCGCAUCCGCUCCUUGGUCCGACCACGCCCCCAGCCCAGCCACGCGCCAGGAGCCCGAUGAUCGGCAGGACAUAUGCCAAGUCCAUGCCGGUGACGCCAGUUCAACCGCAAUCGCCGCUGGCGGAGACGCCCUCAUACGAGCUUUACGAAGGCCACUCCGACGCCAGGUUCCAUUUCGAUGACGAGGACGGUGAGGAUGAGGAGCAUGACCUGGAAGACACCUCAUCGCUGGCCAUGAUUACACCGCCUCCGCCCUACGACACACCUCACCUUGUCACAUCGCCACCCUUGCCGCCGCCCCGUAGAUUUCGCUUUGGCAACAGAGAGCUGUUUAGCAUGAGUCCUGCCGGAGGCGGAGCCACGCCCACCGCCUCGGGAAGCACCACCAACCGCGGCAGCAGCGCCAUAACGCCCACCAAGCUGAGUGCAGCGGCAGCGGCCAUGUUUGCCGCCCCCCAAAUGGCCACCCAGCUCAACCGGAAGUGGGCACACCUCCAGAGGAAACGGCGCAGGCGCAACAGCAGCUCCGGCGAUUCCAAGGAGCUGGACAAACUGGUCCUGCAAUCGGUCGACUGGGACGAAAAUGAAAUAUACUAGCAAACAAGCCACUGAUCAGAAGAAAAAGUACUUCUACUCAAAGAAAGUGGAAUACAACUUCAUUUUUUAAAAAACUAUAAACAUUUGUUCGUGCUGUCUGCAUUGGAACUCGUUUCGUUUUCCUGAAAAGUGAACUUUGAACAACAAAAUGGCUUAAAAAUGUGUUUACUUAGGCAGGAUAUUGAUAUUAAGGUAGUAAAUGUAACCGAUUUUACGCUAGUCUAAAAUCAGGGGAGUGCAUAAUUUUUAAACUUUCAACUAUUAAACAAAUAUUUUAAUUAGUUUUAUACAAUUCGUUUUUAGUUUAAGUAAUAAACUUGUUUUAAAUAUUAGUUAAACUUGAACAAAUUGUAUUGUAUGCAGCGUACGCCAAAUGUUCGAUUUAUUUGUGAAAAACAAUUAGUUUAUUUAAAAAUGGUAUUAACUGUGAUCCCCCUAACUAAAGAAGUUACCAUUUACUACCUUAAUUAGCAUACAAGACGUAGUUCCAAAGUUUCAAUGCAUUUUAUAAAAUGUGGCUUAAUGAUCCCUCCCCCAACCUUCCUCCCUCCCUUAAACUACAAGUAGCAAUCGAAGAAAGCAUUCAUCAGCGAUAAGAACUGGAUCGGGUCUUACUUACACACAUAAAGCCAGAGAAGUUAUACACGAAAUUUAUAGUUAUAUAGCCUUUAUACUAUUCCCAGAUUUGCUAAGUAUACACAAGAGUAACAAAACAUACGUAUAUAUGACUCAAUAUAUACCACUUGAUUAUAUAGACACGGUUUAAAGAAGCGGCUACGCUAAAUUAAAGCUAAGAAAUGAUAUUGUUAGUUACCAUUAAAAGAAAUUAACAGUUGUAUAUAUUAAUCCUAAAGAUGGUCAAGACGUAACGUAAUCUAAGUAAAUCUUAUUCACAUAGAGUAUACACGAUUUACAAGAUUUUUUGCAUUUAACCCAGAGAAAGUAAAGAUAGAAAAAAUUUAAAAAGCAUAAAUGGUUGAGGAAGAUGAGAAAACAAAACGAAACGCUUAUUACUGAUUUACACAAAACAAAUGAAUAACCGAAAUAGUAGGAAGGCAAACAAAUUAGUUUUAAGCCGUAAGAAAUCGGGAAAAUAUAAGGAAAUUGCAUUCGAAAUUCAUUCAGAAUUGGAUCUGGAAGUCAACUGUCAACCGCUAUGCAGCGCUCCUUUCAAAAUCGAAUCCAUCGAGUGCUUUUUCAAUUGUCAAUUUAAUUUGCAGAGCCUUAAGCUAUAGUACUUCAGACUCCAGUGCUUCAGUCUGCUAUAGGAAAAUGUAAAUUAUGUACAGGACUAUACGCAUUAUUCAACCGAUCUGUACAGAAAAAGUAUGUGCGAUAUGUGCCAUAAUUGGGUAUGUGCCCACCUUGAGUUUAGUUGUUAUUGUUUGCAAUGAUUCAGAAUAGUUCUUUACUGAGAACAGAACUCGCUAUCUUUGUAUAUAUACAAAUAUACCUAUAUAUGCAUGAUGAGGGACACAAAUUUCAUGUGCAGUGAUCGAUCAAAAUUUAGUGAAAGCAUUUAAAGUAAACUUUAGCCUAACCACAUAGGGUUUGUAUCAUAGAUUGGGCCGGAGGGCGGAACAAAACUUUUGAAAAUAUUUUCACUAGGGGCAUUGCUAAUGUUGUUCACGUAAUAGAGUAUAUUAGAAAUAGACUAAGCUAAUCGAUACUCAAUAUUUUGUAUGAGAAACAUUAAAAUCAUCCGAUCAAACUUGGAAAUUGCGUUGCAAGACGAUUAAAAAGCGUAGAAAUAUCUAAAUCAAAGCAAAUGUAUAAAACGAAACCACAUAGCAGACGGUAGAUCUAAAAUAAAAGCCCACACAAACGUAAACGUAUAUAUUAAUUAAUAUAUACUUUAUGCAGCUGCAAUUUAAUGCUUUUGAUAUGCAAUUUUACUUUUUGAAAAAAUGUAUACAACCGAAACAAAUCAAGAGCGAAAAAACAAAGUAAAAGGAAUGCAAUUACAUUUAGAAAGCCAAAGACACAAAUGAUUAAAUGAUUAUUUUUCAGAGUUAUUUAUCCUUAUUUUUAAUUAUUCGUAUAUGAAAAUAUUUAUAUUUUAAACUAACGUAUAGAACUGCGUUACAACGUAUGUAGCAGUUUAUUUUCUGUUUCUGCUUAUUUAGUUUUUAAAUUUGUUGUUUUUAUCUUCUUCUUUAAGAUAACCGUGUCGAGUACUUUGAAAGCAAUACAAACACUUAAAAUGUAUAAGCAAAAAAUAAAUGCAAAGAUUCAGACACAUAAAGUAGCUGCAGAUGGAUAAAACUUAGGAAUACACUAGAGUUUUGAACUAAUUCUAGAUCUACAUCAUCUACUUAUACAAUGGCAUACAAGUAUUAACUGAACCAGAUCAUUAACUUUUAUACACUUUACCAUUUACAUAUAUACAAGGAAACUGAAAGCCGAUAACCGAUUAUUCAAUAUACAAGGCAAAAUUGAACAUGCAAAUGUAAUUUGAAGCCAGGUUGCAACUGAAAGGUUUUACAGUAAAUCAUGCCUACAGACAUAAAUCAGCAACAACAGUAAGAAGAUUAGAGAAUCCAUGAAUAUAUACUUAUACAUAAAUAUAGAUGACCCAUAUACAUACACUUACUAGAUACUUUAGAAGAGAGAUUCUCUAGAAAUGCUUUUAAAUUUAAAAUAAAAAACAGAAAAAUGAACAAAAAGUGAAGUAAUAAACUCAAAAAAUAACUUAUUUAAGAAAAGUAUUUUAUUAAAAACACUUAACAAAAAGCAGAGUCUAACGCAAAAAAAAAUCAUCUUAAAUUUCUUAAAACUUUCAGCAAAGGGCAAACUUUUGUGAGAUAAGUCAACUCAGACACUUUUUUAAAAGAACAGAAAUUGGGAUUGACGAAGCGCCGUCGUUGAUGAUACUUUAAAGAUAAUUAUAAGCUAAAUGAAAACGAUUUUUAACUUUCUCCGAAUAAGACAAAAACAAUUAUUACCUACAGAUUGUAGCGAGCGCAUUCGUAUUUGCUAAUUAGCAACUUAUUAAACUAUAAAGAACAACCAACAUUUAAAAUUAGAACAGAAAGCCAGAACCCAAAUACCAAAAUAAAAACAAUCCAAGACGCGACACACCCAAAUUUUAAUUUUUCAUUAAAAACGAUAUAUAUUCAAGUGCUUCUUACAUAAAAUAAAUAUAAUUAUAUAUGAAACAAAAACAUAAAAGAUUAUAUGAUAGAUAUUAUUACGAGCAGGCAUUACAGUAUAAAUACCCACUAACUAGGUUAAGACAAUUACCAACAUCUUGAUUAUUACAUAUGAAAUGUAUUAUUAUGUUUUGUGAAAUCAAGCGAACUAUUACUGAUAAUGGAAAUCAGAUUACUGAGCGGAUUUAGAGUAAGCGUAUUAACUCUGUACGAUACCCGGCUCCGUUUGGUUUUAUAAUUUCUAAGUAGCCAGCUCUCAAUGCAUAUAGAAUGAAUACAAACACACACUGACACGUAAUCGAUGCAUUUUACUUACUUGAAGGCCAUAAGUGAAACAAAGUUAAGCCAGUUCAUGAAUUCAAUUUAUAUAAUUAUGUUAAGAUUUUAUAACGCAACAAGCCUAUCGUAUGCAUUACCUAUAUGAAUACCAUUAUGCGAAAACUUUGUAAAUACUUCAUCAACCAAAUAAAUAUUCCUUGAUUCAAGUAAAACAAUUUCAGAUCCCUAACUCAAACAAAAUGAACCGAAGGCACAUGGUUUUUCCCAAAAAAAAAGCAUCUCACCCACACACAAUUCUGAAGAGAUGUUUGAGCAUACGAGCCACGAGUAUGUUAUCCAUUCUUUAGCGGUUACAAAUACGUAAGGAUAAAUUAAAUUGUUGAAAUGUAGCGCAAGAUCGUAAUGAGUAACGAACUUAAUAAAAAGCCCAAAGCGAAUAACAAAUAUUUAACCAAAUAAGUUACGAAAGUUAGACACAAAACGGUACUUCCAAGCAACUAUAGAGCUAACAGCAAGCCAUUUAAAUGAAAGAACAAAAAUGCAAUCUAAACUGUAUGAAUUGAGUUUCCUAAUUCCGCUUAUAGGCACCCAAAAAAUUGAACCCAGAUCUCCCCAAGCAAUUCGGAUCGGUAACGGUUCGUUCAAAACGGUUCCCUCAUCUUCUCAUUCCUCCACAGAAACCUCCUUUACAUAACUUCCAAUUCGGAGUUCGUUAAGUUUUGGAUUUGGUUCAAAGCAAACGAUUCAAAAAUUAAUAAAUAAACUCUUUAUUAUUCACGCGAAAUAUGAGCGGUAUCAUAAAUUAAAACAGCACUGAAAAUCGAAGAUCUACAGCAUGAAAAAGCAAAAUAAAAAACAACACGAACAACCGAAAAUUGUUAGUAAAAAGACUGAGCUACAAAAAAUAUACAAAAAA